UCACAGUGUCUAGGUCAGCGUAUAUAACGUGGGUCCGGGGUGAAUAGCUUUAGUUGAUCACAGGUCCCGGAGUGAGAAGAUGCGUCGCUUCUUGUUCGCCAGCCUGGCGUGUCUGGCGUUGCUGAUCGCCGGAGUCACAGCCGAGGAGGUGACGGACGAAAAGGAAGAUCAGGUGGUAGAGGUCGACGACUUAGACAACAUUGACCUCCCUGCUUUACUUACUGGACUCUUUAAUGAGGAAGAAACGACAGCUGAGGGUGACGAUGAAGAAGGCGUCGAUAGAGAAGCCCGUGCCAAAAUAGAAGGGAACGAGGACCCCACCACACCCGAAGACUUAACUAAGUUUAACAACUUCAUCGACACCUUCCACCGGCGGCUCAACUCCUACUCGAGGUCAAAGUUCGAUCCCCUGAUCAUUGGUCUGACGAAGAAGAGGGACAAGGGAGGCAAGAGUGAAAAGGGCAAGGGUGGAAAGGGCAAGAGUAGAAAGGGCGGCAAGUCCAAGAAGGGAGGAAAUAAGAAGAAAGGGCAGAAGAAGGAAGGAGGAGGAAAGAGGAAUGAAAGGAAGAAUAAGAAGGGGAGGAUGGGCAAAAGACACCCUAAGGACCUCGAUCUUGGUGAAGCCGAAGACGAGGAUGUGACCGAGGAUGUGGCCGAGGAUGUGGCCGCAGUAGAGGUUGAGGAAGGACGGGAGAAGAGAGAAGCCCCAAUAGCUGAGGAGGAGGAAGAAGUAGAGGAGGUGGAAGGGAGUGACCGUGAAGGGAAAGCAAUGGUUGACGAAGAAGUCGCUGAAGAAGACAUUGAGACUUCCCGUCAGGGCGUGGCUGCCUCAACCCCUCGCAGGAGCAAGAAUAAGAAGACCAAGGAGGGAGGGGGGAAGAACAAGAGGAACAAGAAAGGGAGGAACAAGAAGAACAAGAACAAAAACAAGGGUAAGAAGGAGGAAGAGGGCAAUGAUGGUGGGAAGAAGAACAAGAAGAACAACAAGAACAAGAACAAGAACAAGGUACGUACUUCCCGCGCCUCCGUGAACGGCAUCGCUACCCUGCGUCGUGACGGGGACGUGAAGGUGGUGAACAAGAAGAACGGAAAGGAGAUACGUUCCAUGUUCACCCUUGGACCCGUCGAUCUUAAGUUAACCAGGAAGUUCGGCUUCGGUAAGGAUGCCAUCACCCGCAACGCCAAGGCAACCUCCCCAUCACUCAAGGGUCGAAUGCAUAUCUUUGUAUCAGCUGAUGGGACAGCGAAAGUGACUAAAUUACACGUGGCAAAACCCGCUAUUGUUACCGUUGACGGGUCGCUGAGUAAAGAAACCAGGUCUGACAGGGACGAUAAUAACUUUAUGGAGAAGUCAAUUGGCAAGGUGACGCCCGUUGCCACGAAGAAGCUUAAACAGGCCAUUAGGGACGUCCUCUCUGUCGGCAGCCCCAACUCCAACUAACUGUUUGACUGACCUUAACUGAAGCAGGAACCACAAGCACGGGAGAUCAUUGGUUGAUACAGGCAGCGAAAGAAAUUCAUUGGUCAACGUCAUUUUCAUUGGUUAAAGUAAAGAAUAUUUUUUCAUUGGCUACCACAAGGAUGUAAAUUUAUAGAUUAUUUUCAUAUUAACGAUUUUUUUUUUGUCUACGUAUAGUAAAUUUUCAGUUCCAAUUCCUCAUAGAUUCUCGCUACAUCAAAGUUUAUGAUGUAAAUGCUCGGUAUUCUAAAUUCCACAUAGAAAAAUGCCCUUACUCCAAAAUUUACUUAAAAAAAUAUUGCUUCAAAUUUCACGUAAAAAAAAAAAUAAGUGAAAGUAUAAAUUCCGUUUCAUAAGUCGCCAACUCACACCCUUCCCUUCCCUUCCCUUCCCUGCUCCCUAAAUAAAACAAUUCAGAAUUUUCAGUACAUAAGCUUUGUAUAUCGUAUUUGGAUGAUAGUCUAUGUGUUUGAUAAUGUUAAUUUUCCCGUCAACAAUACCGUACACUCGAUACUACCCCUGUGGUUCCUCGCUCAGACGGCUAUUGAUGUUAUGGUUACGACAACUUCUGCUCACUAUAAGGACCCAGUUGAUGUUGAUAUUGACACAUACUGAUUGAUGAUAUAUUGAUGUAAACAGCUUCUCAGGGUAUAUUUUUGUUCCGUUCUCAAUGGGUCAUACAGUAAAUCCGUUCAUUUUUAUUGUUACCCCAUCAAUGACCUCUUCUUCUUCUUCUUCCUCCUCUUCCUUGUCACAAAUUACCUCCAAGGUAUAAGGACUUAAACCCCCUUUACUGUAAUGCUCUUUGUUAUUUGAUUUAGAGUAGAAGGAUCUAUUCUGUCCCCUUUGUUAGCCUUCACAGUGUAAUGAGUUCCUUCUUGCCACAUGAUGCUUAUGGUAAUCUGUCCUCCUCUGGUUGACGAUUGAGGUCCUCCUGUUGUAAUAGUGAUGCUUUGAUUUAUCACUACAUUCAUUAUCAAAAUCCUUACCCUCAUUCCCCUGUUAUUUUAGCACAUGUUUCUCGUUUUAUAAAGUACGUCCCCUUUUUGUUAUUACUCUCCACAUAAUGCAUCUAUAUUUUAUACUACAAAAAUAAAAAAAAAUUAAAAAAAAUGAAGACAGUUGAAGGUUCCUCAGAAGUGCACGUCUGGGGUGUCUUUAGCUGGACUUGACAUCGAGAGUUGACGACCACUGGCGAGGAACUGAGUUUCCCUUAUGACUUCCUCCCGUGACGUCCUCCUCAGCUCCUGCCACCAUCACCAUCAGCCGUGGAGACUCGUUCUCUUCUCCUUCAUGGCCUUGGAGACCAGGUUGGCGUCGUCUUCGACUUAGGAGACUAUGGAUGCCUGACGGUCUGACCAAAUAAUGACUUGGAAGGUCUUUAAUGCUGAAGACCCAAAGACUCGUCUAUGGUGGCUCGCGAAUACCAGACAGCCGGCCAAGGAUUCUCUCUAUGUUGAAGACCUGAAGACCUGGUCAAAACGGCCCUGGACGUUGUGAAGACUCGGGUACUCGUGGCCGCGGGUGUAUAACUGACUGUGGUGAUGGAUGGGUGUGAAGGAGAGCUGAUGUGGACGCCACCUUUGGACUCUUGACGCUCACGGUCUGCCACCUACUUCGUCUUACUCGCUUGACGAUACAGUGAUGUGAUGAUACAAUGUCUCUUGCCCCACAAACAUCAUAAUAAUUGCAGCCCACAGCGAGCUGGUUCUCGCACUUAUUUAUUUAAGUUAUUAACUUAUUGAUGUAUUAUUAAUAAACUUUAGGCUAAGAA